CGCCGCUGAAUCCUCACCAGGCAGCCUUUUGAAGCCACAUGGUCGCCCUCGCCCGAGAGCCGGGCGAAAUUUUGUGGCAUGGGUCACCAGGACCCAACGAUUGCCCACGCCACCUGGUGCUGCUUGUUCCUCAUUUGGCUCACGAACUCUGCCCUGGGGCACAGAGACACAGCUUUGCAGCCGCACGGCGAAUAUUGGCGGCUGAGGGGGGGCAGGCCGGCCCGCAGCUACCCCCACCUGCAGGGCGACGUGCGGCGGAGGAGACUCUACUCUUCCACACAUUACUUCCUGCGCAUCGGCAGGGACGGCAAAGUCGACGGCACGCAUCGGAUCGAGUGUCCGGACAAUAUCGUGGAGAUCCGAUCUGUGCGUCCGGGCAUAGUGGCUAUCCGAUCAGUCCACAGUGGGUUCUACUUAGCAAUGAACAGAAGGGGGAAACUCUUCGGCACGAAAGCGUACGCCCCCAGCUGCAACUUCGAGGAGCGGAUUGAGGAGAACGGCUACAACACUUACGCUUCCUUGCUCUGGCGCCAUGAGGGGCGUCCCAUGUUCCUCUCUCUCAACAGCAAGGGCAUUCCGCAAAAGGGGCCCAAGACCCGGAGACAGCGCCUCUCCACACACUUUCUGCCCAUGCUGGUCUCCUGACGGAGAGGGGCCAACACACCACAGACUCGUAUUUCUUAUCAAAUGCCUUCUUAUAUUGAGU